UUGAGUGACUUUAUAACAAUCCAAUGGAUGUAUCAGUACAAGUCUCAACUGUAAAAUUUGUCCAAUGAAAUUAGAGUACGAGCAGUACAAAUUUUAUUCAGUCGCCAUUGUUUGCAACAAAGUUUUGUUUGCUUGUCUUAGCAACGAGCCUGGCGUUAGGAGCUUUUAACGUUUUUUAUACUGCAACAUGUCAGGUCCGCCGAUCGACGAGAUAUUCUCGGGUGUAACGCUGACAGUUGACAUAACAAAAUUUCAACGGACUGAUAAAGCAUCACACAUUCUCAAUGGCUACGACUGGGAAGAUAAAAAAAGCACUUAUGAAGUCAAAGGCUCAUUUAAGGACAUAGAAGAUGUUUUUUGGAAGUUAUCAAGCCUAAAGAGGUUAGAUGCUCCGAAAUAUCAGACCGAUGCCAACCAGGAUUACAGCACUCCCACACAGGUAGGAGAUAUCGAGGUGGUUGAUACUGUUAUGGACUACAUUAAUCAAAAAUACUCCAAGGAACUUAAUAAAAUUGUUGGGGAUGCGGUUUCUAUGCAAUAUAACAGAGCCAGUAACAAGUCGCUUGUCAGUUUCCGACCUCUGCAUCGUGGGAAGGAUAUUUAUUGCUGUCACUUUGCAAGGGAGAGAUUUAUAACAUUUUACCAGAAGAUUGCAACAAACCUGCUGGUAAGAACAUUCCCCCUUGAUCCAGCAUUGAAGACACGACUUAAGUCCAUCCAAUUGGAAUUUCCCAAACUUCUGAUCAGCAGUGAUUCUCACAGACUUGCAUCUACGAGCUCGGUUUCUGUAACCGGCAGCUACGCAGACGUGUCGAGAUUGGAUGAGUUUUUGAAGAGCGGAGCAAUGAGCUACUACCAACUACCAAGGCACCAAACGCAGCAGCCGCAGACGGCAAGCGCCAGUGCGUCCGCUUCCUCAAGGGCGCAGAGUCCACAGCAGGAGAAGGAAGAAGCCUGUCCAAUUUGUCUGGAGACCGUUAAAGAUAAGAAGACUCUGUCGCGUUGCCAGCACUCGUUCUGCAGAGACUGUUUGGACAGGGCAUUUGAAUCAAAACCUACAUGUCCCAUCUGUGGCGCAGUCUAUGGUCACCUGACGGGUACACAACCGCGCAGGGGCACCAUGGAGGUCUCCACUAACGCAUCAUCCCUACCAGGAAAUAUUAAGCAUGGAACAAUUGUCAUCCGAUAUCACAUACCAGGCGGAAUUCAAGGGGAGGAGCAUCCUAAUCCUGGCCAUAGGUACGAAGGGGCGAGCCGCACAGCCUUUCUCCCAGACUCCCCAGAAGGCAGGAGUGUGCUGAAGCUGCUGCAGAGGGCCUUUGAUCAGAGGCUCAUAUUCACCAUUGGGCAGUCAUCCACCAGCGGCAGGACUAACGUGGUCACCUGGAACGACAUUCACCACAAAACAAACCGGGAGGGAGGACCUACCAACUAUGGUUACCCCGAUCCAGAUUACUUGGCCCGUGUGCAAGAAGAACUGAAAGCUAAAGGAAUUUACUGACCUCUGCAGGCCUAUGGUGACAGUGACACAAACAAUCACUAAACUGAGCUGUACACGUCUAAGGUCAAAAACAGACAGGAAAACUGU